AUAAGGAGGCACCGGCUGAUCAACUUGGAGCUUACUCUAAGUCACCUAGCUAAAUACGUAUUCUAUACUUGUAUUGUGUAUUUGUAAUUGUCUAUAAAUAUAUGAGGAGGGCCGAGGCACUGCGAUCACGCAGCCCGGAUUCAAUCCAACUUUCAUGGUAUCAGAGCACCAGCUGAUCCUCUCUUCCCUCUAAAACCCUAAACCUCAAAAACCCUAGCCCUCCUCCCUCUCUCCCGCCGCCACCAUCACCAUGUCUGCCGACGAUCUCAAGAAGCUCGAACAAGAGCUCAAGGAACGUGAGUCCCUCCUCCAGGCUCGCCAAGCCGAACUCGACCGCCGCCUCGCCGAGAUGGGCAAAAGCGUCGACAACACUACAACCUCCCCAAACCCUAGCCCCACUCCCUCCUCCUACGUCGCCUCUAUCAAAAGCCAUGUCCCUGUUACCCUUGAUCUGCAGGAAUCCAACUACGCCAAGUGGCGGGAACUCUUCCUCGUCGCGCUCGGGCGCUACGGCCUCACCGCCCACGUCCUCGGCACCACCGGCGCUACGCCAUCGGACACGUCGCCCACAUCUGACUGGGCACGGGACGACUACACCGUCCUCUCCUGGAUCUAUGGCUCGAUCUCCUCCGAGCUCCUCGGCAUCAUCAUGGCUCCUGGCUCCACGGCGCGGCAAAUCUGGGACGCGCUGGCCAGCCUCUUCCACGACAACAAGAAAAGCCGCGCUCUCGCCAUCGACGCGGAGUUCCGCAACACCCCGCAAGGAGACAUGAGCGUCCACGACUACUGCUCCAAACUCAAGUCCUUCGCCGAUGCCCUCGCCGACGUCGGCCAGCCUGUCUCCGACGAAACCCUCGUCCUCACGGUCCUCCGCGGCCUCAACGAGCAGUUCAGCCAUCUCCGCUCGUUUCUCCCGUACCAGGUGCCGUUUCCCACCUUUCUUCAAACACGAUCUGCUCUUGUCCUUGAGGAGGCACAGAAGAAGACCGAUGCCAAGAAUGCGGCUGCCUCCGCGCUCUGGGCCAGCGGCAACAGCAUCAACCCGCACGCUGGUGGCGAGCGUGCUCCUUCGGCUGGACGUGGCGGUGGCUCAGGCAGCACCGAUCCCCGUCCCCCUUCGCCCUACCAGCCUGGCCUCUUCAUCAACUCUGGCUGUGGUGGGGGCUACGGUGGUCGCCGUGGUCGCGGCGGUGGCCGUGGCCGCGGCCGCGACAACAACUCUCCCUGGAUGUACAAUCCGUGGACCGGGCUCCCGACCCGGGCCGCGCAGCAGCAGCAGCAACUCCAGCUCGCCCCAUGGCAGCCACGAUGGCGCGCGCCCACGGCCGGCGUUUUGGGCCCCCGCCCCGGUCACCAAGCCUACACCGCCACCGGACAGCAGCUUCCUCCCAUGACACCGACCUGGAACAACGGUCUGAUGAUUCCUCCCCAGCAACACAUCUCGCAGCAGCAGCUCGACCCAGCUCUUCUUACAGCACUUCAGAACAUGCACCUCCCCGGCAACCAAGAGUGGUUUAUGGAUUCAGGCGCCUCGUCUCACAUGGCAUCCGAUCAUGGAUCUUCUCACCAAGACCGUGAUUCUUCGAUGCAAUAGCUCCGGCCCACUCUACUCCCUCCGACCACCAGACGCUCAAGCUCUCCUCACCACUUCAUCCUUCGAGCUUUGGCACCGCCGCCUUGGACAUCCUGGCCACCACACCAUGCAGCGUCUCCACCAACAUCAACAAAUUCCACCA